AUGGCAUUACAUAACGACGAGGGCGAGAUAUUAUGGACGAUGGCGUUCAACUCUACAUGUACAACUAAACAACCCGAGAGCUGGUUUGCAGCCCAGAGACUUAUAUCUGCAGAAGAAGAUACAAUCAUGGAGAAAAAAAAAGACGAUUUAGUACUCAGGUUUAAUGAAUCGAUGAUAUCGGUGGCGAGAAAGAACGGAAGGAAGUGGUUAUCUGUCGAAUGGUCUGAUAACGCUGGUCCCAAAAUGGCUUUCUCUAGUACUAGUGCCAGAAACCCAUCAGAUUUAAGUAGCGUGUCCUACUCUGCCAACAGUGAAAGGAUUAAAACGGAAUCGUAUGAUACCUAUUUAACAACAGGAGAAGAAUAUAAGGUAUUUCGUCCAGAUUAUUCAAGUAGUGACAAACAAUUCUUCCCCGUAGCAACAACUAAAGCUAAAAGUAUAGGAUUUAAUUAUACCAGACUGACCUACGGAAAUGAAAUUUACUUUUUCAUAAUGUCAAAUCAUGGUGAACUUGUGGAAGGAAUCAAAAAAUAUCUUGCAGUUGACAAAGUCCAAACAUCAUUGUACAAACGUCACCAGACAAGCGCCGUCGAUUAUCGUGGUUCAGCUGUUGUAUUUGGACUAUUAGGACUUUUUCUUCUCCUCACCGUACUUUUGUUAGUCGUCUUACUCGAUGCUGCCACUCUAGGGCGUCAUUUGAAAAUGAUGAAAUUUAACACUAGUCAUUUUCGAAAUUUUAUCAAUUUGAAAUUAAAAAGGAUCAAAAGGUCAUUUAAAAAUAAGAAUGCUAAAGAAAAUGCCAGCGAUGUGGAAAGUACACAGCAACGUUCAAAUACACGCAAAUCACCAAAUCAGACUAUUAAUAGAACAGUAAGUGUUAAUGUCAACAAACAGGAUGUGGCAACACGAAUAGGUUCAAAUCAUCUAUUUGAGAAGAAAUUAAUAAAGACAAUUAAAAGACCAAACAUAGCAGUUACUGCCAGUAGUAAGCAAUUGGAUAAGCUGACACCAGGAAUUGUCAGAUCGAGUCGAAAUCCCACACAAAAGGGUUCACGCCAAAAGGUGAAGAUACCGACUAAACCGUAG